ACCCACCGACCCAUCCCACCCGUGAUUUGGCGCGCCGGACGCGGGUGGUGUGUGAGUUCAAGCGAGGGGGUAGCUUCUCAACCGACGGCGACGGCGGACGAUUAUCGAUUGAUCCGAAUUUUGGGGAUUCCAAAGUCACACUUUUUGACUAGAGCAGGCGAAAGUGUAGGAUAUAUCCGUUUAAAGCAAGUUUCCCGGUACGAAAGCCAGUGAUUUUUCAAAAUUGUGUGGCCAAUGAGUGAGUCUAGUGUCCGACAGCGGAAAAAAACCGGAACCAGCGAUGGAAAACCCCGGAAAGCGAAGACAACCCAGCAGAGUCUGCCGGGGGUCAACCAGCAGAACAAGAUGUGGGCUCGGCUAGUGCUGAUCGUUGGGAUAGCAGUGGUGGUUUACUUUACGACGUUCCGAACCAGGGAGAAGAAAUUUGCUACGCAAAGGGAAACGCUGGAACUGCGCACGCAAAAGUUGGACUGCUCAAAGUUGUACUUCGAAGAGAUCGCUAAAUACGCCGGGUGUAUUCCCGCCGACUGUGGAAGAUUUGUGAGUGACAAAGUCGUGGGCCCGGCGGAAGUGGAUGUUUUGUUGAAUCUAGCGAAAUCUGGGUUCCGAUUCGGGCGUUCGUCCGGAGGAGCAUCAAUAUUGGACCUUCACUCGGGUGCCCUUUCCAAGGACACCCAGUUCAUCAACAUCUAUAAAAUCCCGGAAGCGAAGGCGAUAUUCUCCGCCGAGCACAUCAACACCUACAAACACGUGAAGGACAAAAUUCAGCUGGCGGUGGCCGAGAAUUUCAAGAUCAACAAGGACGCGCUAUUUCUGACUCAUCCGACGUUUUUCUCGCGACUGACCAACGAAACGGCGAAAACCAUCCACGACGAGUACUGGCAUCCACACGUGGACAAAGAAACGUACAAUUCCUUCCACUACACCACCCUGCUGUACCUGACCGAUUUCGGGAAGGAUUUCACCGGGGGUCGGUUUGUGUUCAUCGACAGCGCCGGUAAGCAUAACAAAACGAACGUUUACAUCGAACCCAAACGGGGCCGGGUCAGUGGAUUCACUUCCGGGGCGGAGAAUCUGCACCACGUGGAACAGGUUAGCGCUGGGGUGCGGUACGCCAUAACGAUUUCCUUUACCUGCAACCAGGAACACGCCAUGGGGGAUCCGAAGUUUUCGCUGGAUGAAGACGACGGACCAGAAUUGAUGUGAAUGGAUAGCAAAUGAGCGUGUGUUUUGUAGGUUCAUUGACUAGUUUUGAGUUUUUUCUAUUAGCUGACGUUAUGUUAUUGCAAAUCUACCAGCAAUAAACCCAGCAAAGUAUGUAGGAGCACACAUUAUGGUAUUAAGUCGUUUGCCAUAAUAAUUGUUUGCACCUCGUUGCCAUUUUAUCAUACGAUCAUUUAUGAUUUACAAUAGCAUAUUAAUUGAAUUAAUUCUGGUACUUUUUUAGAGUUUCUUAGUUAUAUUUUCAGGGUGUCCAUUCAUAAGAAAAAAUAGGAAAUAGAGUCUGGGACCAUUUGGGCAGGAGCACCUAUUUUGGGCACUUGCUGCUAUAACUCAGACAAUUUUGAACCGAUUGGCUUGAUUUUUGAGACACUAAUAGCUAGGCACAGUAGCUAGCUAUGUUUCAAAAUUCAAGUCAAUCGGUUUAAAAUUUCCCUACCUAUAAAUUUAAAAUCAUCGAAAAAAAAAAACGUGAAAUAUGUAGUCGGGAAAUUUUAAAACGCAUCGGAGAAAAAUCUUUAUGUUGCACUUAUUGUCUUAGUGACAAUGACGAGCAAGUCUUGAAUAAUCUGAGAACAGCGGGGUUGAUGGAAUAUUGGCAGACUUUUUUUUAGGAACAUAAUCUUUGUAAAAUUCAAAAACUCUUUGGAUUAUAAACUUACAUAUCGUAACAUUAAUCGUAACAAAUCGUUUUUGGAACGUUUUUGUAUUGUUUUUGACUCAACUACGAACGUUGAGUAUGCGUGUGUACAUAGUAAGUAACGCUGUAUGUUCAGAAUUAGGACCACUUCUUAUAGUAUCCAUAAUUUGGAACAUGCCAUUUUGCUAGACAACAAACCAACUUGAUGGUAUUUUGGGGCAGUAUCCCUCGAAAUAAGAACCUAUAUUAUUUUUAGCCUUUUUCCACAUAUAAACUCAACCGCCGUAAAGAUGAAUCAAACCGUGCUAAAAUUAAGCUGAUCGGUUCAUUCGUUCGUGAGAUUUAAUGCCUUAAAGGGAUUUGCAACUCAUUAGUCUAUAUAAAAAGGAUGCAUAUGUGAAAAAUAAGAAAUGUGCAGUACAUUUGCAGUUGUUCUAUCAUAAUACAAUUUCCAAAUGCGAGCACAACUAA